UUCUUUCCGGAGUACCAUGUCUCAACAAAACUUGCCUUUCAAGGUGCCAAGACAGUAUUUCGGGCAGUGGCAUGGUUUACAGGGUACGUUUCCAACCAACCGGUAGUUGCUUCCACCAUGGUGAGUAUAUAACGCUUGCUUGGUGUGUUCGUGGUAGCGGUCCAACAUAGUCAAUUUGCCAGGCCUCAUCAUAUUGAAAACCCAGCCAUUGGCCUCUGUUCCAGGGAGACUUGAUUCGUGUGGCUUGCUUGAUUGUAGUGAUGAGCAAAAGCAGACAUACAGAAGGGAAAGGCCUGAGAAAGUUAGAAAGACAUGAUUCACUGUAAACUAACAUGAUAAGAAACCUCAGCUCACUGGAAUUUGAACCGCUCGUUAGUAAAGGCCUUGAAAACCCUGAAAGCUGAUAACUAAGAAGCUGGUGUGCAGACAACUGCAGAUAAGAAGGACUUGGAAUGUGGAAAACAGAAUUGUUUGCAUCCUGCUCCAUGGCAUGGAAAUCUACCAGAGACACUGAACAAAUGUAAGCUCAAAGAGGACUUAUUACAAUACAGAGUGGGGAUAGGUCAUGAAUAUGUAAUAGGCGCUUAUGCAUACCCCUACCUGUACCCUAUAAGUAGCCCUUUGUUAGACAAUAGUGUGUGCGAGCUGGGCAGAAUUAUGUCCCUCACACCUGCCGGCGCAAUACAUACCUGCUUUAUAACCCUUAACCGUGUUGUAGAGUUUGUUCCACACGUCAAUUGGCGAGCCAGCCAGAAGACUCUCUCUGCCCGGCUGCUGGACCGGGUGGGGUGUGGGACAUUCUAGGCGUGCCACCGGACUGUUUCUCUGGAGAGUCUCCCAUCCCCAUCCGAUCGCUGCAGGGGAAGAGACAGACCGGCCAGCAGGCCAGAUAUGUAAAUUGGGAAAGCCUGCAGGGGUAUAGGGGACGAGUCCGUAAGCCGUGUAUGGGACACCUCACGCUGUGAUGAGGAGUAGGGGAGCUCACCAAGAUCCUAAAGCUCAAAUAGCCCAGCAAAAGGUGACAUAUCUAGGAUAUGAAGUCACAGCUGGUGAACGGACCCUGGGAGCCGCAUGGAAGGAAGCCAUCUGCCAGACUCCCAGACCACAGACAGUUGAGUUGCUCCAUACAUUCUUGGGAAUGACAAGUUGGUGUCCGUUAUGGAUUUAUAAUUAUGGACUGUUGGUGAAGCCACUCUAUGAACUUUUAAAGAGUGACACAAAGAAUCUCACCUGGACUGGGGAAGCCGCUCAGGCUUUUCACAAAUUAAAGUGAGAGCUAAUGCAGUCACCGGCCUUAGGCCUACCAGACCCUACAAAAUCCUUUUGGUUAUUCUCUCAUGAAAAGCAAGGAAUUGCGCUGGGAAUACUGGCUCAGGAGCUUGGCCCAGACCAAAGGGCAGUGGCAUACUUCUCCAAACAAUUGGAUGAAGUAAGCAGAGGAUGACCUAGCUGCCUAAGAGCGGUGGCAGCAGAAGUAAUUAACAUCCAGGAAGCUUGUAAAUUCAUGAUGGGUCAGCAGAUCACAGUGUUGAUAUCUCAUACAGUGUCCACUGUACUGGAAGCAAAAGGGGGGCACUGGUUAUCCCCACAAAGAUUCCUCAAAUAUCAGGCCAUUAUGGUAGAACAGGAUGAUGUCCAGAUAACAGUAACUAACAUUGUCAACCCAGCAUCUUUCCUUAGUGGAGUUACAGGGGAAACAGUGACUCACGAUUGCCUGGAAACCAUUGAGGCAGUCUACUCCAGUCGACCAGACCUGAAAGAACAACCGCUGGAGGAUGCUGAGGACACAUGGUAUACAGAUGGCAGCAGCUCCGUCAAGAAUGGACAGUGCAAAGCAGGGUAUGCAGUGACCACUACAGACAAGGUAAUAGAGUUUGGGCCCCUCGCCUCAGGCACCUCUGCACAAAAGGCUGAAAUAAUAGCUUUAACUCGAGCAUUAGAGCUUGCUAAAGACAGGAAGGUUAACAUUUGGACAGAUUCCAAAUAUGCCUUUGGAGUGGUUCACGCCCAUGGAGCAAUCUGAAGAGAAAGAGGACUCUUAUCCACCCAAGGGAAGCACAUAAAACAUGCAGAGGAAAUUCUCAAACUGUUAGAAGCUGUACAGUUACCAAAGCAAGUAGCGAUUAUGCAUUGCAAAGCUCACCAAAAGGGAACAACUGCACAAGAGGUAGGAAAUUCCAUGGCAGACUGGGAAGCAAGGAGAGCAGCUGAAAGAGGUACAGCAGAGAUACAGUCUCUGAUUCCAGAUGGAAAAAUACCAAUCAACCAAAUUCCUAACUAUUCAAAAGAAGACCAGAAAUUGAUUCAGGAUUUAGGUGGAAAAACAAAGGAAAAUGGGUGGGCUACAACACCACAAGGGAAAAUAGUGGUGCCUAGCACAUUACUUUGGGCUAUAAUCAUGGCUGAACAUAGAAAGUCUCAUUGGGGAGUUGAAGCCCUGUAUAAGUAUCUAACCAAAUGCAUUGUCGCCCGUAACUUGUACACAACCAUCAAACAAGUAACACAACAAUGUGAGAUUUGUUUACAGAAUAACCCACAGGUAAGUCGGAAAAUGGAGCUAGGGCAGAUAGGGAAGGGUAAUUUCCCUGGACAGUGGUGGCAAUUUGACUUUUCAGAACUUCCAAGAAAAGGGGGGUUCCGAUAUCUACUUGUACUAACCGAUACCUUUUCAGGAUGGCCAGAAGCAUUCCCUCGCCGAACAAACAAGGCUAGAGAGGUAACUAAGGCUUUACUACAUGAAGUAAUACCAAGAUUUGGGGUCCCAGCAGUAAUAUCCUCAGACAGAGGCCCUCAUUUUGUGGCCAAAAUUACCCAACAAAUUAGUCGGGUUCUGGGGAUAGAUUGGCAGUUGCAUACUCCCUACAGACCCCAGGCAAGCACCCAGGUGGAAAAGAUGAACCACCUUCUUAAAUUACAGAUUGUAAAAUUGGGCCAAGAACCUGGACUAGCCUGGCCUCAGUCACUACCUCUAGCCUUGCUGCAAAUAAGAAUUAAACCAAGGGCUAAGGAGGGAUUAAGUCCCUUCGAAAUAAUGUAUGGAAGACCCUAUUCGGUCCAAGCAGGAACAUCAACACAAGUUGGUGCCGAGGUGUUAACUGACUAUGUAAUAAGCUUACAAAAACAACUUAGAAAAAUAGGAAAACUGGUUUUGGAGACCCGUGCUCGUGGCCUGGACGGGCCAGUACAUAACAUAGAACCAGGUGAUUAUGUAUAUGUCAGAUCUCUUUCAGACUCACCCCUGGAGCCGAAAUAGGAAGGACCAUUCCAGGUUCUGUUGACGACACACACAGCUGUUAAGAUACAGGAACAGACAUCAUGGAUACACCAUACCAGAGUAAAGAAAGCUCACAAGCAGCGUUGGGAGGUAACAGAGACUGGACCCUUAAGACUCCGACCCCGGCAAAGGUCCUCACAAUCUUAAGAGCAGACCUUUAAAAUGAUUAAUGAAGAGUUUAAGCUGUUAAUAUGUUUUAGUAUCUUCUCCCUUGCCUGCAACAGAGAGCCUAAGGACUGGCCUUGGAAUCAUGCUCAGAAGAGCCAUAUUGUGAUGAAGGGAAAGGUGGAUCCAAGAACAAUGCUGGCUAUGGUGGUCUCUCACGGGAAUGAGGUAUACCAGGAAAGCCAGUGGGACAGAGGUAAUGGGGACGAGAUUACCUGGUUAUGGGCAAAAAUGGGGAAUGAGAUCACAGUGGGAUGCCAAGCAUAUCAUGAGGAUGAUGAGACGGUGAUUUUGGGGGGAAGUAUGAUUAGUAUAAGGAUGAUGACAUCUUCAAAUGAAAUUGGAGAAGUGUGCCUAGGGAGACCUGAGUGCUGGUUUAGUUUUAACCUAACCGAACCAGCCCUGGUCACCUGCCUAUGGCAAGGAUUGGAAGAUCAGGUACUGCACUAUAAAGCCAAAAUUGACCCGAGGUUAGAACUAAAGAUCUUUGAGAUUGGGCCAUAUGUAAUCAAGAAUAUGGGUCAACAACAAAUGUUGCUUGGCCCAGAAUGGUCUCUUAAACGUGUUGAAAUGCCAAUGCGAAUCAAUGUUUCUGGCAUUCAGCCAGCAUGCUCUCCUUUCCUGAAAACAUCUUUUGAGGGCUGGACAACUUGGCUGCAGAAACAAGGGCCCUUUAGGGGCCAAACACAGAGAGACAUAACUGGUGUAUAGGGGACAGGAUUGGAGGUCCUAAAUGGAGUUGAUUUGGAAAUAUUAAUGAACAGAUUGGCCACUGCAAAUAGUGAUCUGAUAAGGUUACAACAACCUUUGCAAUAUUCUCUAUCAGCAUUAGGAACUAAAAAGUGGCUUUUAUCAAAAGGGUCACCAAGGUGGGAAAAGGUGGAAAGGCAUUACCAUGAUUGGGUAACAAACACAGUUGGUACGGUCCAGGACAAUGUUUCUUUGGCCCUCAGUUGCGUACAGACACAAUUAUGGAUGCAGUCGGUAGCUGCCCUAAUUAUACGAGAGGGUGGUAAAGUUAUUUUCCCCACUGAAAUCCAGAAGGUGGUUUGGAACAGUGCCACAAACUUAGAGAAGGAGCUUCAAUCUUGGUGGACUCUGGUAAAUUUUACCUAUGAUCCCAUCACUGAUACAGCCACAGCAUUUGUGUUGACUGUAUGUAACGCUUCAAUAUACGUGAUCCACCCCAUUAUUGCAUUAGGACUAAACCAUAAUAGAACUGUGCUCUGUCCUUCUGAACACAGAACGUGGACACAAAUGGUGCACGGGAAGUGGCAAACUGUAAAUUUGGAGCCUUGCAUUACUCGAAAGCAACAAGGACUCAUCUGUAAAAAUAGCACACUCGAUGCCCAAGACAUCUGCCUCAACACCGAGCAAAGCAUCUGUCACUUUGAGAUCCAUCCGGAUGCUAACCAGAAGACCGUACUUGUAUAUAUUGGCCAAGGUUGUGUGUGUUUAAGGACUGCUUGCACAUCUAUAGUAGUAGAUAAGAUAAUCAUGGAUAGUAAGAAUAAUUCUAAUUUCUGUAUUUGUAACUUCGUUAAGAUUGUUGGGUGUGACUUUUCUUAUUUGGCACCAACCGUAUCUGACCAACUGAUAAAAUCAAAUUAUACAACACUUCCCAAAUCAUCACCUGUACCUAUUGGAAUGAAUCUUACAUUGGUGACACAAUUAAAGAAACAUCAGAAUUUGAUCAAAAUUUUAAACGAGGUCCAAGAAAAUGGGAAAAAGACCCCAAUAACAGUCCACUAUGACACCAGGGGAAUAAAAAGGGUCCUGAAAUGAGUAAGAGAAGACACAAACAAGCAUUGGUGGGAUGUGCUGUUUGGAUGGUCCCCCACUGCGACUGGCAUCCUAAAUAAGAUGUGUCACCCCAUUAUAGUCUUUUUGAUACUAGUCUCAGUUAGCUUUGUUUUCUCUGCUGUGCUGUUUAUUUGGAAUUGGAGAAUGCAGCGACAACUAACAAUUUUGUCUUCCAUGUCUAGUGCCCAUGAAAAUGCAUUAAAAGGUGAGCUACAAGUGAAUCACUUUCCAGUUCCCCUUCAAGAGGUAGAAAUGCAUUUGGCAAAUGAAUUUGCCGAUACUAAAAGACAGGGGGGAAUUGAUGAGCAAAAGCAGACAUACAGAAGGGAAAGGCCUGAGAAAGUUAGAAAGACAUGAUUCACUGUAAACUAACAUGAUAAGAAACCUCAGCUCACUGGAAUUCGAACCGCUCUUUAGUAAAGGCCUUGAAAGCCCUGAAAGCUGAUAACUAAGAAGCUGGUGUGCAGACAGCUGCAGAUAAGAAGGACUUGGAAUGUGGAAAACAGAAUUGUUUGCAUCCUGCUCCAUGGCAUGGAAAUCUACCAGAGACACUGAACAAAUGUAAGCUCAAAGAGGACUUAUUACAAUACAGAGUGGGGAUAGGUCAUGAAUAUGUAAUAGGCGCUUAUGCAUACCCCUACCUGUACCCUAUAAGUAGCCCUUUGUUAGACAAUAGUGUGUGCAAACUGUGCAGAAUUAUGUCCCUCGCACCCGCCGGCGCAAUACAUACCUGCUUUAUAACCCUUAA